GACGCCCGUGCGGCCCGUGCCCUUGCGUGUCAUUGACAGGCGGAGUUCGGUCCGCCGACAGUGAUCGGACGGCUGUCGCGUGUGUUCGGUCUUCGUGCGGUUCGCCUUCUCGCCGGUCGCGACCGGGCAGAUUAACCUUAACCUCCGUCUCCUCGUUUCAUCGUUCUUUCUCCUGUCAGUUGCAGCGCGCCCGCAGCGGAACCACCGUGCGAGCAUGACCGCGACGUCGGUGACGAGCCUGACGGUGAGCACCCGGGUGUACGACGGCCAGAAGCCGGGCACCUCGGGCCUGCGGAAGGCCGUCAAGGUCUUCCAGCAGGAGCACUACACGGAGAACUUCGUGCAGGCGACACUGCACGCCCUGGGCGAUCAGCUGACCGGCUGCACCCUCGUCGUCGGCGGUGACGGGCGGUAUUACGGGAGGGAGGCGGUGGCGAAGAUCAUCCGGAUCGCCGCGGCAAACGGGGUAAGGAAGUUGAUAGUUGGUCAAAAUGGCGUUCUCUCGACGCCGGCGGUGUCGACUAUAAUACGAAAGUAUAAGACGCAAGGAGGGAUUGUCUUAACUGCGUCGCACAAUCCUGGUGGUCCUGAUGCCGAUUUCGGCAUUAAAUUUAAUUGCGACAACGGCGGCCCCGCUCCGGACAACGUGACUAAUAAGAUCUACGAGAUCACUAAAACGCUCCAGUGUUACAAAAUUAUUCCCGAUAUUGGCGUAGAUAUUGACAAAGUGCAGAGCAUCACUAUCGAGGUGGAUGGCAGACCGUUUACCGUCGAUAUAAUCGACUCUGUGAACGAUUACGUGGUGCUGAUGAAGGAGAUUUUUGAUUUCGCGGGUAUUAGAAAAUUGUUGCUAGGCAAUGCGGACAGGCCAGCGUUUAAGGUUCUCAUCAAUUCAAUGAACGGAGUCACGGGACCGUACGUGAAGCGAAUAUUUAGCACUGAAUUAGGCGUCGAUGACUCUAGCUUAGUGAAUAUAAAGCCGUUAGAAGAUUUCGGUGGUUUACACCCCGAUCCAAAUUUAACUUAUGCCAAAGAUUUAGUGAAUGCUAUAAAGGAAGGACCGUACGACUUUGGUGCGGCUUUCGACGGCGACGGAGACAGAAAUAUGAUCUUGGGCAAGAAAGCCUUCUUCGUCACUCCUUCCGAUUCCUUAGCGGUGUUAGCUGCUAAUCUAAAAUUAAUUCCGUAUUUCCAAAAGACUGGCGUUAAAGGAUAUGCUAGAUCAAUGCCAACGGCUGCGGCUGUCGAUAGAGUCGCCGCUAAAAAUGGGGCGAAGUUUUUCGAAGUUCCUACCGGAUGGAAAUACUUCGGUAAUCUGAUGGAUGUUGGAGAUCUGUCGCUGUGUGGAGAGGAAAGUUUCGGUACCGGUUCCGAUCAUAUUCGCGAGAAGGAUGGAGUAUGGGCAUGUCUGGCGUGGCUCAAUGUGAUCGCGGGACUAGGAAAAUCCGUGGAAAACAUUAUGUUGGAUCACUGGAAAGUUUAUGGGAGAAACUUCUUUACUAGGUAUGAUUAUGAAAAUUGCGACUCCGCGUGCGCGGAUAAAAUGAUGCAAAGCAUCGAGGCCCUGAUUCAGAAGCCAGAUUUUAUCGGCAGAAAGCUGCAGUACGAAGGUAAGGAGUACGUUGUUAAGCAGGCGGACAAUUACUCCUACACGGAUCCUGUCGACAGUAGCAAAGCUGCGAAGCAGGGAUUACGGAUAUUGUUUGCGGACGGCUCCCGCAUAAUAUUCCGCUUAUCCGGAACGGGAAGUUCUGGUGCCACUAUCCGUAUGUAUAUCGAUAGUUACGAGAGUGAUCCGGUUACUUUCGAGAAAGACGCACAACUGGUUUUGAAACCUUUAAUUAAUAUCGCAUUAGAAUUAAGCGGACUUUGUCAGCAUACUGGUCGCGACGCGCCUACUGUGAUUACAUAAGAGUUCGCUCGUUACGUUCUCGCGCGCUCCUCCGUUGCGGAACUCUCUUAUCUCUUCACUCAACUUUAUCUCUCAUUUAUCCGAAGAGGUUUAUAAAUUGAAGGUUGGGGUAUAUAUAUACACAUUCAUUUGGAUUAUAGAGGUUCGCCCGAUUUUUCACUAUCAAAAAAUCACGAAGCAAUAGCAUAAUAAUUGUUACUGGCGCCAAUGAAGGAAUUUUCCAUUUUUAUAAAAAGUGUUACCGUUUCACGAUUCCAUCCAGAGAUGAUAUACAUACCGUGCGUAUUGGACGAGAACUAUUCAAUAUGCAUAUCCGAGUAGCAAUUGUGAGGAGGAAAAAGUGUUUUAGGAUCUAUUAGGAUCUCUACUAGAUAUUUAACAUAGAUGUUGUUGCUUGAAUCCUCCUUACAUCUCUCAAUUUCAAGUCAAUCGUAAGGGGAUGCGAUUUAAACUUAAAUCUUCGAUUUUUGCGUGUAUAAAAAAAUGUAGGUAUUGUCCGUCUUGAGCAUUAACAAGUGAUUCGUAAGUCAUCUCCAAUUAUUUGAUAAAAAUUUGAUUGAUAAUUUACAUAUAUAUUGCUCAUAUAUUUACAUGAGUUUUAAUAAGCAUCAAAAUUGUGCUUAUUAAAAUAAUGAUAUAAGAUGUAAUCUGGCACAUGUUCCACUUGUGCUGGAAAAUCUUUGGAAAAAUGUUUCGCGACGUAACAUUACGUUAUAACAAUGAUAUUGUUGACAUGCAAUAAUCUAUCUACUCGUUGCCACGCAGCAUAUAUAAUAAGAGAGAAAUGCAGUUCGUUGUAUCCGAUAGAGAAACGCGUAGGUGUACUCCGAAAUUGAGCACAAAAAAGUGUCUUGUACUUACCUGUUGUUAAAAAAAUCAUGCUGUCUAUCGUAUUCCGGCGAUAAUACGCGCAUCUUUUUACCGAUAGCGCUGACACUAAAAGUUCGAUAAGAAGCCUUCGUUAUUUUUAUCGUACAUAUUUAUAUUUUGCAGCCACAAAGAAAUUGUAAUUGAAUGUCCACCACGUGCAUUCCGGUAUGUAAAAAUAUAAUUUGUGAAAAUCACGAUUCUGAAUGGACAAAAUGGGUACAUUGUCAAUCUUCCAAAGCUUAUGGCUAUCCACAAUUCACAUUCUGAUACUUAUUCGUUCUAUAAAUUUCCAUUCAUUUUCAUCCAUGAGUUUUACGGACUUUUACAGUGAAAAUACUAUCUAACGCUUGAUUUGAUUUCUUCAGGGAAAUUAAUCCAAUUGAAUACAAUCGAAUUGUUAAUCGUGAUCGGAUUGAUACAACUGUGAAGGGGGAGAAUUAUUUAGUUACCAGUUGAUAAUUUUGUUAACCGCAGUACGUCAGGUACACAGAGACUGGAAUUCAAUAUCAGAUAGCAUAAUAUUGGAGGAUUAACAAAAAGCGUAAAUUCGACAUUGUCUUGAAGGACCAGUCUUUCCAACGUUCAAUCAAACCUUUAUCACUCUGUCUGCAUCGCGGCCGAUGCCGCGAUCCAGGCGGAGACGUAGAUUUAUUUGUCGGAUUUUUUUUUAUCCCGAGGAUGGAACGACUGGCCCUGUGAAUUGAAUGUAGAGCGUAAUGGAUAAUAAAUAAGCGGCUUUAAUUUAUUCUGCUUUACGAGGUAAACAUUUUAUUGAAUAAAUUAAGCCAUCGUAAAGCCAACGUCACUGCGAUCCACAAUUAUGGAUCGGUGACGCUGCUUUCAAAUUCUAAAUGAUAUUAUCCAGAAUCCUUUUUCAAUGUCAGAUUAUUCUAUGAAAAUUAUAUUUGAGUCUAACGCCGUAGAUUUAUUUGUAUUGAUAAAUUUAUAUUUAAAUUGAAGUGGAAAGGUGUGAAAACUUUUUGCACUUCGUCUUGUACAGUAGCGUAUGUAAAACUGCCUAUGUAAAAUUUAUACUAUUAAUUGCAACACGAGAGCGUAAUACGAAGAGAAUAUUAAAAUUACAAAAAAAAAACAUUAAAGUUUUUGUAGAUAGUAGUGUACAACUGUAAGAAUCUUUCUUUUCCAUCGAAGCAGUCAUCCAUUUGAAAUCUUCAUACGUUUUCAUUAAUACGUCACACAAAGUUGGCCAUUUCAUUGUGACUCACAAUUCUCUUCACUGCUGCAAACUGUAUUUAAAUGCAUGUACAGUUUUCUCAAGAAAACGCUUCUUUUACUUAUUCUCGUUACAUCACGGUCCUUAAUUAUGCGAUCUUUCCACACACAAAAAAUAUAUUUAUACUUUGUUACUUUUGCUUUCUCUAAACCAGCUCAGUUCUGACAUUCGAAUAUCGAAAGAAGCAUGGAUGCUUAAAUUUGGUGAACUCCACCAAAACCUGAGAAAUAGCCAGCGGGGACCUUGUCAUGAUUUCUCAGAAUUUGGGCGAUCCCCCAGAUAUAGCGAUGUAGGUUUGCAAAUUUCGAGUUUAGCGCGAUACUCAGCGUCUUAUAGAGUUCUCAAACAAAUAGUUACUUUCACGGGGAAAAAGAAACGAUACAAUCUGUUAUGGAAAUAUCCAUGCAGCUGCAUUUUGUUGUGCGAUACGUUUGUUUGCAAGCCGUACGGACUACAACGUAAUUCACUGGGUAUCUCGUUAAGAUUAAUCGAUAGACUAGAAUACGUUAACGAACUUGUACAAAGAACAGUAGGAUGAUUCAGAAAAGAAAGAAUUGAAUUUCUUUCGUGGUGGGAACAAAGUCGCGAAUAGUCAGUUGUGGUGCGAAAUUCCACAUGUAACAGUUAUAUCUCCAUGUAAGAAGAAACGAAACAAUAGAUAGUAAUACGAAACACGUUCGAUAAGAGAUGCACGUUAUUUUGUAUCUCGCGAGUUGUUAGUGGACGUCUCGCCUAUCGAUAAUUAAUAACAGCCGCGCAAAGUGUAUUUACAUUACUCCUUUCCCUUUCGUUUUUUUUCUUUUCGCUUCGUCUUUGCUUCUUUCUUUUGUACGAUAUAUUUCACCUACGGGCCUUUAUAUCGGAAAUAUCACGUAUACCUGUACUACGGAAAAAAAAACGCGCAAUCACGAACUCACAUUUCAUUUCGAACGAAUUGAGUAAAAAUUUCACGCAAGGCCGGUAUGGCGGUUACCGCCGCGGAGGUAGAUAGGAAUCCGGAACAAAAAAAGAAAGCAACGUUAAACGUUCCCUUUUUUUUCCCCUUCCGUGAAUAAAUGCAGCGUGUUACGGAGAGAUUUCGCAAGGCAAUUAUGUAAAUAGUUGACGGUGAAGGAGGAGAAGGAGAAGGAGGAGGAGAUACUUAGGGACCUGAGCCGACACACGCCCCCGUUUGAUCUGUCAGUUACGUUCUAGAGAAGUGCGAAGACGAGAGAGAGAGAAAAAAGAGAAAAAAGUGGACCGAGUGCUCUCUAGAACGUAAUAAAGAUUACUUAACGCGGCGGCGAUGUCACAGAGACCAGCACAGAGACUGCCGAUUACUAUAAAGAUAUUAACAUGUAACAUUUGUAUCAUAAUCAUAAUAAAUACUAAUUAUCAUUAUAAGUAUAUGAAUGAGUGGCUGCUCGGAAUGCACGUGGUACGAGAUUCAUCGUUGCUCCAGUUCUUUCCUUCGUCGUUUUCCACGCUGCGUUUCCUAAUGCUGAUUCUGGCGAGAUUUGUUCCUAUAGUACGAUACAAAUUCCGAGAUAUGCGUUCUCCUUAUCGAAUCUUAUAUUGUCAGCGAAUCGUGUAAAAAAUUCACGUUACUGUACUCUUGCUCCCUUUUUUUUUCGACUAGCGCUAGAUGCGGUCAUCUUGAUUCUCGGCUUACAUCUUGAAUGCGAUCUGUAUCUUUAUAGGCAGAGAUUAAACACCGAAAUAAGAAAACUGAAAUAGUAAAACUGAAUAUAUAAAAAUUCUAAUGGCAAUUUUAUUACAUGAUAUUGAUGUGAGCUUUCGAUUUUUUAGUUAUAUGGAAAGUGCUACAUAACCGAUAUUUUCUAAACUGUUUGCAAUCUCUUUAUAAAAAUCAGUGUCGCAUCUGCGCUAAACCGAAGUAUCAAGAUCCUUCGUGUUUACGAUCAUGUGAAUGCGUUUCUUUGCGCGCUUAUGUUUAAGCGAUUAUUAUGUUAGGCGACUCAUACAAUCUUCUCAAAGUGGUGACGAACUAAUCCGACUUUUAAUAAAUUUUCUUUUAUUACAACGAA